AAAAUUCUUUUUUUUCAGGGCAGCUUCGUUUCAAGUUUUUUGGGAAAUGUUUAAUUAAUUUUUUUUACAGAAAAUCAAAAUAAUAUUAAAUUAAAACUGAAUUAAAUUUAAUAAAAAUGGUUAACAAAUCACCUACCAAGGCUGUAAACCUUGAUGAUUUGGUUCGAUCUGUAUCUUUGCACAUAAUAAAUCCAAUUUACUUGAGCGGUGUUGUCUUUCCAUUCCUUGCAAUUUAUAUUACCUUCUUUUACCUUUGGAUUUAUGUGUACGGAGUUGAUGAACACUAUGAAGCCGGUCUCAUUACAUUUGCCGUUUUGGUAUUCUCACAUAUCCUCGCUUUCCUUUGCUGUUUUUGGAGUGUUCAUGUCUUGACAUUCCUUAAUUUCCGAAAAGUUAAAAAUCCACGUACGGGUGUAGUUGCCAAAGUUGUGCCCACACAAAACAAUGGCUCAUCCGAAAUGGUACGCAUCCAACAAACUGUCAUGAAUGAGUCCACAAAAGAGUCUGUCUAUUGGUUCUCAUUCCAAAAGACCAAAUACAUUUGGGAUGAAGAGAAGGCAACUUUUAAAUCAGUUGAAUAUCCAGUUAAUAAGCUUUUGAAAGAAUAUGUUGGCUCGAGAGGAUUGGAAAAUGAUGCCGCAGUUCGAUUGGCUGAAAAAACUUACGGCGCCAAUCAGAUGGAAAUGGUCAUACCAGAAUUUCAUCAGUUGUUUAUUGAACGUGCAACUGCACCGUUUUUUGUCUUUCAAGUUGUUUCAGUUGGAUUGUGGUGUCUGGAUGAGUAUUGGUAUUUUUCGGUAUUUACCUUGUUUAUGUUGAUUGUUUUUGAGUGGACUUUGGUACAACAACAAUUGAGAAAUAUGUCGGAGAUAAGGAAAAUGGGAAAUAAACCGUAUUUGAUUUAUGUAUUGAGGAAUAAUAAAUGGAGACAGGUUGUGUCGGAUCAAUUGGUGCCAGGUGAUGUGGUGUCAUUGACUAGAUCUCAAAAUGAUAAUAUUGUGCCAUGUGAUUUGGUUAUGUUGCGUGGUUCAUGUAUUGUUGAUGAGAGUAUGCUUACAGGUGAAUCGGUCCCACAGAUGAAAGAAUCUCUAGAAGCCGUACAAGAUCUUAACAGAGAACUUGAUCCAGAGGGUGAAGGAAAACUAUUUACCUUGUUUGGAGGCACCAAAAUAGUCCAGCAUACACCACCUACAAAAGAUGGUACCCGUGCUCCAGAUAAUGGAUGUAUUGGAUGUGUAAUCCGCAACGGCUUCAACACUUCUCAGGGAAAACUUUUACGCACUAUUUUAUUCGGUGUGAAACGUGUCACCGAAAAUAGCUGGGAAACAUUUGCAUUUAUAGUGUUUUUGAUGAUAUUUGCCAUAGCUGCUGCCUCGUAUGUAUGGAUGAAAGGAACCGAAGAUCCAGAACGAAAUCGUUACAAGUUAUUCCUCGAGUGCACUUUAAUUUUAACUUCUAUCAUACCACCUGAUCUACCAAUUGAACUUACGCUCGCUGUAAAUAAUUCUUUAAUGCAACUAUCCAAGUUGUAUGUAUUCUGUACAGAACCAUUCAGGAUUCCAUUUGCUGGAAAAGUACAAAUUUGCUGCUUUGAUAAAACUGGAACUUUAACCAGUGAUAAUUUGAUGGUUGAAGGUGUAGCUGGACUUGAAAAUAAUUCAAGUAUUGUGCCGAUAUUUUCUGCAGGUGAUGCAACUGUUAAUGUAAUAGCUGCUUGUCAUUCACUUAGUCAAAUGGACGAUGGAUUAGUUGGUGAUCCAUUAGAAAAAGCAAUGCUAACGGCAAUUGAUUGGGUUCUGACGAAAAAUGAAGUUGUCGUUCCCAAACGAGGAAAAUUGAAGCCACUUAAAAUCUAUCAAAGAUUUCAUUUUUCAUCGGCACUUAAGAGAAUGUCAGUUCUUGCUGGUCAUUUAAUGCCAUCGUCAAGUGAAGUUUCAUAUAUUGGUACUGUUAAAGGAGCACCCGAAGUUAUAAUGACCAUGUUGAAAAAUGUUCCAGAAAAUUACAAAAAAACUUACAUUGAGUAUUCCAGAAGUGGAGCACGUGUCCUAGCAUUAGGUAUCAAAGAGUUUGGAUGUUUAGAUGCAGCUGCCGUUCGUGAUAUCAAACGUGAAGACGUAGAAUGCGAUUUAACAUUUGCCGGAUUUGUCAUAGUCUCUUGUCCAAUGAAACCUGAUUCGAAAAUUGUCAUUAAAGAACUUAUACAAUCAUCUCACAAGGUUGUAAUGAUAACUGGGGACAAUCCGCUUACAGCUUGUCACGUUGCCAAAGAACUACGAUUCACCAGAAAGCAACUUCUAGUAUUAACUCCAACAGACAAAGAGAAAUGGCAAUGGCUAUCAAUUGAUGAACAAAUCAAUCGUUCAAUUGAAGACAACUACAAACAGAUUUUGAAAGAGUUUGAUUUGUGUAUCACUGGGGAAGGCCUUCAGUACCUGAAUGAGAAUGAACACAGUUAUAUGCUUAAGAUCUUACCUUAUAUCACUGUGUGUGCAAGAUUUGCUCCCAAACAAAAAGAAUUCAUUGUAACAACUCUGAAACAGCAAGGAUACUACACACUUAUGUGUGGAGAUGGUACAAACGAUGUCGGAGCACUAAAACAUGCACAUGUUGGUGUAUCACUACUUAGCAAUAUGCCAGUAGUUAAAUCGAAAAAAUCAAGAGAAGCAGUGGAGAAUGUGGGUCCAUCAGCACCUGCUCAUCCAAGUUCAAGAGGUCCAAGGCAGCAUAAUGCCGCAAUUCAAGAAAGACAAAAUCUAACUCCACGCGAACGGGCACUUUUACGCCACCGAGAAAAUCUGAGCGCCACUCAAGAAAAUCUUCAGCGUGUACUUCGCGAAGUAGAAGAAGAGACAGUACAAGUUGUUAAAUUGGGUGAUGCAAGCAUUGCAGCACCUUUCACGAGUAAAUCUUGUUCGAUUGCUUGUGUCAAUCAUAUCAUCAAGCAGGGUCGUUGCACUCUCGUCACAACACUACAAAUGUUCAAGAUUCUUGCACUUAAUGCCCUCAUUUCAGCUUAUUGUCAAUCUGUGCUCUACAUUGAUGGUGUAAAAUUCAGUGAUACACAAGCCACAUUGCAGGGUUUCUUCAUAGCUGCCUGCUUUUUAUUCAUUACGCGGUCCAAGCCCUUAAGAACUCUUUCGAAAACGGCCCCUUUGCCGAAUAUUUUUAACUUUUAUACCGUUUCGACUAUUCUUUUACAAUUUGCGGUUCAUUUUACCGCCUUAUAUUAUCUAACAAUGGAAGCGACAGCUAGAGCUCCACCAAGGGAAGGUAAAAUCAAGCUGGAUAUUGAUUUGGACCCAGAAGAUAAGAAAGAAUUUGUACCAAAUAUUAUCAACAGUACUGUCUAUAUCAUUUGUCUAGCUCUUCAGAUAUCAACUUUUGCAGUUAAUUACAAGGGUCAUCCAUUUAUGGAAAGCCUACGAGAAAAUCGUCUUUUGAUCACAUCCAUAUUAGCAUCAGCCGCCCUUGUAGUUCUGCUGACAUUAGGACUUUCUACAGAUCUAACUUAUACAUUCGAAAUAAUCGAUUUCCCCGAAGAUUUCCGAAAGAUAUUAAUUUGCGUGCUAAUUGCUGAUACAGUAUCAGCUUAUGCCGUUGACAGAAUAUGUUCAUUCCUGUUCGGAGAAACUCGACGAAAAUCUAAACUACUUAGCUUUUAGUUUAAAAAAAAAACAUUAUUUUGUUGUUUUUUUUUUUCUAGCCUGCUUUUCACUUAAGAUAAUUAUAAAUCAAUUAUAACUAAUUUUUUUUUUAUAUUCUUAGAUGUGUUAACUUAGAUCAGUUAAAAUAAUUAAUUUAUUUUUCUGUAAAUUAUAAACGUCUUAAAAUUGAUUCGGUAAAAAAAAAAAAACAAUAUGUGAAGGUUAAAUAAACUCUUAAACGCAGUGUCAAAUAUUUA